AUGGAAAUGCAUGGAAAAACCCUUUUCUUUUCUGACCUUGUUAAUUCCUGGACCAAAAAUGAGAUUUAUGUGUAUUUGCGUCCAUUGGUUGAUGAGCUUAAGGAAUUGUGGGAAAAUGAUGUUCAAACCCAUCAUAAGAUGAAUGGGAGUACAUUUAAUUUGUGUGUAGCUGUUAUGUGGACCAUUAACGACUUCCUUGCUUAUGGAAAUUUAUCAGGUCGGAGCACUCAUGAAUUCACCCGAUCAGAAAGAAACGAUGAUGGUAGUGAUCCUAAUGCACUUUUUUUAGUGUUAGCUCAAAAAGCACGUCCAUUUAGUGCUCAUGUAUUGGUUGAACUUUCAAGGGUAGAUAUAGAAGUGGCUUAUUGUGAGCAUAUCGAGAUUUUGGAAAGAGAUAGGCGUGCUGGUGUACAAAAGAGGAUUCAACACAAACACAUUUGGGAUGUUCAUGAGAAAGAUGACAAUGACACUGACGAAGAUGAUGAUCAGUAUGUUGAUGAAACUGAAAGUUCUAUAAGACUGGUUCAUAAUGACGAUGAAGUUGAUAUAUCAUUAUGUAGAGAUGAUGUUGAUCCAAAAUCUUUUGAUAUUAAAGACAAGGAGAUGGCAACUUCUAUACAGCGUGAAAAAAAGAUGAAGCGGGUGAGGGAUCCCUUACCUCCUCCUCCAAAUGAUGCACUUGUACCACCACCACCUCCUCCACCACCACCGCCGCCGCCACCACCUUCUUCAUAUCCUAUAAUAGGGGGAAAGAGGGUGAAGCGGGUGAGGGAUCUCUUACCUCCUCCAAAUGAUGCACUUGGACUGCCGCCACCUCCUCCAUCACCACCUUCACCUCCCCUAGCAAACACUAACCUAGAUAGAGCAGUCAAGGAUAAAGCUGCCAAGAUCGGAGCUGCUGAAGAUGAAGUUUCAGAUGAGUGA